AUGAUGGUGAAGGCGAUGGGGUCGUUGCAUUCUGAAGAUUUUAUCGAAGAACAAUAUGGGUCUCUAGUAAAGCGCUCUCGAUUUAAUCAGUUCGGUUUUCAGCAGUUGAGCUCUGAUAGCCAUGCUGUUUCGGUCCCGCCCUCGCAGUAUAAUCCACUCGAUGAGCCAAGUCCUCUGGGUUUGAGGCUCAGAAAAAGUCCAUCAUUAUUGGAUUUGAUCCAGAUGAGACUCUCUCAGGGGGGUAAUGUUGGUAUUUCGGUGGCCCCGAGUGAAACUACGGAUUCUGAAAGCAAGAAAGAUGUAAAGGGAUUUUCUGCUCCUUCAAGUGCUGCUAAUGACAAGUUGAAGGCUUCGAAUUUUCCGGCUUUGCUGUUGAGAAUCGGCAGCUGGGAGUAUGUAUCGACAUACGAAGGUGAUCUGGUGGCCAAGUGUUAUUUUGCUAAGCAUAAACUUGUAUGGGAAGUUCUUGAACGUGGUCUCAAGAGCAAAAUAGAAAUCCAGUGGUCUGAUAUAAUGGCCCUGAAAGCCGAGUGUCCUGAUAAUAGUCCUGGCACUUUAACCAUCAUGCUAGCUCGUCGACCUACGUUUUUCCGUGAGACCAAUCCACAACCCAGAAAGCACACUCUGUGGCAAGCAACCACUGACUUUACUGAUGGACAGGCUAGCUUAAAUAAGGUACACUCUUUACAAUGCCCUCCGGGAGCGUUGAACAAGCAUUACGAGAAGCUUAUCCAGUGUGAUACUCGUCUUAGUACCUUGACCAGACAAACCGAAAUAGAUAUGGCCUCGUCAUACUUUGACCCUGAAGGAGUUUCCAUUGAAGAACAUUCUUCGGAAGAAUGCAAAGGUGCUGCUAAAGAAUCUCCUGUCCCUGCUUUCGAGGAUGCUGCUUCAGCAGCUGCUGCUCAGUUGUCUGCCUUCAAAUUCGAGCACGAACAUUUUCUCCCGAAAAAACUGCCUAAAGUUGCAUCACCUAGCUCAGUAGUAAUGGAUGCACAAGUGGUUAACGAGCGUGAUUAUGAAGGGCGCAAAAAUUCAGAAUCACUUAAAGUGCCCGGGCUACGGCCAUCGAUAUCAAUGAGCGACUUCAUGAACCAACUCGAAAAUCACAUUACCGAGCAGAUGACUUCUAGAAACUUGCCUUCGGCUAAAGCCUCGGAAUGCCAAGCAAUGCUCGAUAACAUUGCUCAAGAUCUUCUGAACGAUACUCAGUGCUUGACGGGACUUGACGAGCGAUCACUCAUGAAGAAGGUAAACUCGCUCUGCAACCUGCUUCAAGUUCAAGACCCUGCACGUGAAGCUGAAGUGCUCUGUGGGCCCGGCUCGGUAGAAAAUGACUGUUUUGCCCUCGUGAGUGAUUCUACGGAUGACACUGUGGAGACUACUUCCGAAGGGUCGGUCGAGGCGAGUCAUGCAAUGCCAAGAAGGGACUCGUUGGGGGAUUUGCUCGUGCAUCUGCCCCAGAUUGCUUCCCUUCCAAAAUUUCCAAACUUGUUGUUCGGGAUAGAUGAAGAUGAUGAGUACGACUGGCCGAACUAG